GGCACAUGCAAAUGAAUAUCGCUGGCUUUCACGAACAUUUCACCGAAUAUUUCCGAUCUAGGGACGACUUUGGUUUCCCCCCUAGGGCCUUUCUAUUUACUUACUAACCCGGAGCUCGUUUGAUCAAUUUCAAAGUGUAGAUCUGGUACAAAAGCCGCGAUGACUUUGUUCCUCAACGGUCUUGCUUCCUUUCGACGGACGAACGAAGUUCCGUCCGGGUCAUACCGUACCUAGUCGCAGAAGAAGCCCUGCGUCGCCAGCUUGCUCAGACACAGCUUUGAGCUUAUAAUAUACCCUCCCCGCGCCUCUAUCUAUCAAGGCUAGAACGGCAGAGCCACCCGACACAGACUCGGAGCUACCAUACCGGAAUCAACGUGCCUUUCAUCUAUCAAAUGGAACGAAGUUUGACUUUAGAUAGCUCAACCUCGGAAAAAUAUUUUCGAAUAGCAUCCAUAUCCAUCGCGUUUUACGACCAACCGUCAAUUUUCCGUAUCAGCCUUGCCUGCGUUUUGUUUAUUCUCAUACGCUAUGUCAGUGUCCUGGUCAUGAUACUCAGUAAUUAUGGAUACUUCGCCACCGGCUUUACCCAACAAACGUGUCAAAAUUACUAUCUCGCGGCGCCUGCCUUCAAAGUUAUGCAAUCUAUGAUAUCACAGGUCAUCCUGGGUGUUAGGACAUUCAAUAUCGCAAGGAGAGAUAGGAGGAUAGGAAUUGCACUGUUACUGCUAUACCUCAUCUCCAUUUCGGUGGAAUGGUUCACUGAUCUAUAUCACCGGAUCCGUAAGUUCUGGCCUAUGUUUCAACCCUUGAUCCUCAUGAACCAUAGCUGCACCUCGGCAGAUUCUGGCAAGACAUUGUCUGCCUGGCUCUACUACCUCGCUGCGAUGUUGUAUGACCUCGUGAUGUUGACGGUUUCCACCACACAUCUUCUGCGUUACAAUCCUCUCAGCAGCAAAGUAGGUCGAUUGGUACGAGUCCUGAUAUAUGACGGUAUUGGAUAUUUUAUCGUGUUGUCAGCGACAAACCUAUUGAACCUCGUUCUUUAUCAUACGACCGAUUCGGAGACUCAGGAGAUUCGCUCAGAAUACUUCACUAGGGCAUCACUUGGUUAUGCUGUAACAUGGAUUAUGAGCCAACGGAUCCUCAUAAAUAUACGAGAAAUGUCAGAGCCAGACCCUCGACGCUUAGAAACCGUGGUCGUCGCGCGUCCCACACUCAGCAGUGGGCGGAAGAACGUGGUGUCCGGCCUCCGCUCACAGUUUGAAUCUAAAGGCCACUCUAAAAACUCUAAAAGCCCCAUCGAUCCAGAGUUCCCGCCCACAUCAUCUCAUAAUGGGCAUCCUGACGACGUGGAACUCGAUAUACGUGUAUGCGUCGAGCGCUCGGUGAAGGUGGACUAUGAUUAUGAGCGUUCGAGUCCGUGGGAUAAGCCGACGAUGAAAUGAACCUGGAGGCACCAGCGCCUAUCAAGUCAUGCAUAUACCCGUGUUCAGUGCUACUAUGUAGUAUUGUCACAAGUGCCAUGUUCGUGCAAGUUUCAGGUGUUGGAUAUAGGAUACAGAAUUAGGAACUAAACAAUGCAGUUUCAACGGUGGAGUUACAGUCCAGGUACUUUUAAGUGAAACCGCCGUAUAUAUACCAUCUGCAUUGCUACC